UUUACCGUUGGGGAAAUAGUCUCGAGAGAAUACACGCACUGGCUAAAGUGACAGACCAUGUGGGAGCCGUGAAUCUGACAGCGGCUUUUUGAGACCAAGCUGCCACCUCAGCAGUGGAGCAAUUACAUGGACUUGGGCCCGCUAGGAAUGGCAGCCCCAUCUAUGAAAGAAAGGCAGGCUUGCUGGGGAGCCCGCGAUGAGUACUGGAAGUGUUUGGAUGAGAACACGGAGGACGCUUCCAAGUGCAAGAAGUUAAGAAGCUCAUUUGAAUCAAGUUGCCCCCAACAGUGGAUAAAAUAUUUUGAUAAAAGAAGAGACUACUUAAAAUUCAAAGAAAAAUUUGAAGCAGGAGAUUUCCAGCCUUCGAAAAUGACUGCAAAGUCCUAGGCUGUUCCUGAACACUUGACUUCAGAAAGGUUGAAAUUACAUUUUCUGGACAUUCAAAAAUGCUUUGACUCUGGGACAAUAGUAGUUUGAAUGAUGGCAGACACCAAAGCCUGUUUCAUAUAUACGGUUCUUAAUUUAAAUGAUCAAGUAACAAGAUUACAUUAUUCAAAGUAUGAAGAAUUGAAAUAAAGUGAUAUGAAAUAUG